UACAUGCACUACCAACAAACCUAAAGUUAGGUCACACUCGGACGCGCAAAUUUCUUUUAUCGCCAAAAUCAAAACAUGCUUCCAAUUUGCAAGCCACACAAUGUCUAUGGCUAAAUAUCUUAAUCGAUCAGUUGCCAAAGCUGGCAUGGAUGUGACCGCCAGGAUCUGCACCCUGAAACCCACGGAACCGGAGCAUCAAGCUAUUCACCUGGCCGCCGGCGAAAAUUUCGUGGGACGCAGUCGGGAAACCGGAAUCCGGGAUUCCAAAUGCUCUAAGCGACAAAUCCAACUGCUCGUUGAUCUAAAGAAGGCUGUGGUCGCUCUGAAAGUCCUGGGAGUAAACCCUUGCGGCGUGAAUGGCCUUAUGGUUAUGCAGCACUCGGAAUGUGAGCUGAAGCACGGCGAUCUGGUAGAGAUUGUUUAUGGAAGGCAUCCGUUCGAGGUUGUUUUCAGUCCUUCGCCAACGGAUGAUAAAGAAGAAGCUGUUACCAAGGGUUCUUCUUCUUCGGGAACCGAAUACGAGAAAUGGGACUCCGCUGGCAAUGGAAAAUUAGUGAUUUACACCAGCGCUGGAGUUGUAGCCUCUGAAAAAAUAGCCGGCUACGAUAUGGACGGCACCAUCAUUAAAACCAAGUCUGGGCUAGUUUUUCCCAAAAACACCGACGACUGGCAAAUCAUAUUUCCCGAAGUCCCUGAGAAACUAAAGAAUCUUCACAAGGACGGUUUCAAAAUCUGUUUCUUCACGAACCAAGGAGGCAUUGCUCGCGGCAAGAUCAGCCUAGAUGACUUUAAGGUGAAGAUCAAGCAGAUUGUGGCCAAGCUGGCUGUUCCAAUUCAGGUGUUUAUAGCCAUUGGAGAUGGCUUCUACCGCAAACCGCUGACUGGAAUGUGGCAGCACCUAAAGAACGAAAUGAACGAGGGUGUGGAGAUUAAGGAAGAUCGUUGUUUUUUCGUAGGCGAUGCAGCUGGAAGACCGGAAACGGGCAAGGGAGCUACGAAGCAGCGCAAGGAUCACUCUCUAGCAGACAGACUGUUCGCUAGCAACAUUGGACUGUCUUUCUACACUCCAGAAGUUCAUUUUUUGGGCAAACGAACGGAGCAGUGGAACAAGCCGGAGUUUGAUCCCACAGGCGUGCAUGAGGAAGUAGCUUUGCUUGAUCCAGAUGACGUUACUUUCGAGGAUCACCCCUGCGAAAUGGUUAUCAUGGUGGGGCUGCCUGGUUCCGGAAAGAGCCACUUCUGUGCCGCCUUUCUGCAAUCAAGGGGCUAUAAAAUCGUCAAUGCGGACACCUUGGGAAGCACUCAAAGCUGUGUGACUGCCUGCAAACGAUUCCUGGACUCGGGACAAUCCUGUGUGGUGGAUAACACCAAUGUGGAUGCUGCUUCCCGCAAAAAGUUCCUGCAGGUGGCCAGUGAACUAAAAAUUCCAUGCCGCUGCCUGGUGAUGAAUGUUCCUGUGGCUCAAGUGAAGCACAACAUAGCCUUUCGAGAGCUUUCCGACUCAACGCACUCCAAGAUCAAGGACAUGGUAUUCAACAUGAUGAAGAAGAAGUACCAGGAACCUGCACUGGAUGAAGGUUUCAAGUCCAUACACAAAGUAAACUUCAAGCCGAAUUUCGCCGACGAAAAGCAAGAGAAACUAUACAAAAUGUACUUAGUGGAGAAGUAAGGAAGUAAAAGAGGUUAUAUUUAAUCCAAAGUGAAUAUGCGCUUGGCUAUGUCGUCUAUUAACCAGUCCAUAGAGCUGAGAAGCUUCUCGCCAGUCACCGCGCUUACUCCGGCAACCAGCCAAUGAUGCGUGGUGAUUUCCUCUAGAUGCAGUAUCUUUAAGGAUUAAAGUAAUUAAAUAUUUCGUCUUGUUCGAAAAAAA